AUGGCUGACCCCUGCUGCUCUAGGACUUGUGUUAUCGCCGCGUCCACCCUGUCCGUCUGCUCCAGCGACCUGGGCCAUGGCAGCCGCGUCUGCUCACCCAGUGGUGCUUGCACUGGAUCCUCCUGGCAGGUGGACAGUUGCCAGCAGAGCUGCUGCGAGCCCCCGUGCUGCGCCCCGGCCCCCUGCCUGACCCUCCUGUGCGGCCCCUCCUCCCCCUGCCAGGGAGACAGCUGCACCCCUGCGUGCUGCAAGCCCGUCUGCUGCACCCCUGUCUGCUGCAAGCCCGUCUGCUGCACCCCUGAAGACUGCUGCACCCCUGUGUGCUGCAAGCCCGUCUGCUGCACCCCAGUGUGCUGCAAGCCCGUCUGCUGCACCCCUGUGUGCUGUGAGGACUCCCCCUGCUCACGCCCCUCCUGCUGCCAGCCCAGCCCCUGCUGCAGACCCUCCUCCUGCGUGUCCCUGCUCUGCCGCCCCGUGUGCAGGCCCGUCUGCUGCACCCCUGUGUGCUGCAAGCCCGUCUGCUGCACCCCUGUGUGCUGCGAGGACUCCCCCUGCUCAGACCCCUCCUGCUGCCAGCCCAGCCCCUGCUGCAGACCCUCCUCAUGCAUGUCCCUGCUCUGCCGCCCCGUAUGUAAACCCGUCUGCUGCACCCCUGUCUGCUGUGAGGACUCCCCCUGCACAACCUCUUCAUGCUGCCAGCCGUCCUGUUGCACCUCCUCCCCCUGCCAGCAAGACUGCUGCAAGCCCGUCUGCUGCACCCCUGUGCCCGCCUGCUGCACCCCUGUCUGCUGCAAGCUCUUUUCCUGCACCCCUGUGUGCUGCGAGGACUCCCCCUGCACAACCUCUUCAUGCUGCCAGCCGUCCUGUUGCACCUCCUCCCCCUGCCAGCAAGACUGCUGCAAGCCCGUCUGCUGCACCCCUGUGUGCUGCGAGGACUCCCCCUGCACAACCUCUUCAUGCUGCCAGCCCAGCCCCUGCUGUAGACCCUCCUCCUGCGUGUCCCUGCUCUGCCGCCCCGUGUGCAGGCCCGCCUGCUGCGCCCCUGCCUCCUCCUGCCGGUCCAGCUGCUGCCGCCCUGCCUCCUGCGUGUCCCUGCUCUGCCGUCCCGUGUGCCCCCGCCCUGCCUGCUGUGGCCCUGCCUCGGGCCAGUCCUGCUGCUGA